CUAUGGUCUAGUCUACAGUGUGGUUUUGCGGAGCAUGAAGAUGUCAGGACUAUUACUGUUCAUCGUUGGAAUACUGUUCAAAGCCACAUCCAGCCAGGCUUUGCAAGUAUCAGCACCACCUGUGUCCAGUGUGAAUGGAACAAGAACAACUCUUACUUGCAGUUACUCACUGAGCACACAAGGCUAUGUCUUAUACCGUGUGCUAUGGUAUAACAGUGACACCUUUGAUGCAUAUUCAGUAAUGGCUAGGUUUGGUAAUAUCGGAAUAACAAAUCCUGAGUAUUUCAAUGGAUACGAUUCAUCUACUCACACCAUGACUAGAGAUGAUUCUAUGUCAACCUUUACCUUUGCGGAAGUUAAUGUGUACAAUGAUGAUAGGAUCUAUGGAUGUCAAGUGGAAUACAGGAAAGGUCUAGAUAGAGAAUCAGGCAGGGCAACCACCAAAUUGACAGUUAUAGUUUUUCCGUCUACCAUCACUUUGUCUGACUCAACUGGUGCCUAUCCCCCUGGGUGGACGUCAUACCUGGUGGAAGGUGAGGAUCGCGAGUACACAUGCGUGGUACCAGACAUCAACCCCGAAGCAUCAUUUACAUGGACUGUAGGAGAUCAAGAAUUGGGUCACAAUGAGAGCAAUACUGAUGAGCCCGAUGGCCUGACUACUAGCACAAGUACAGCUUCAGUAAUGGCUUCAUUUCAAAAUCAUCAUAACCGAGCGCUAAAGUGUCAAGCAAUAAACAAAGAAGGUUCAGAUGGGACAAUUAUCAGCGUAACGAUCGAUGUCAAAGUUCCGCCGAAGGAAUCCUCGGUAUCGAUGUCUUACGCCGGCAAUGAUCUGGUUCCUGGGGGUAAUCUUUCUGUAAACCAGGGUGAAGAACAGACUUUGACAUGUACGGUUCAGGGUUCCAGACCUGCUGCAACCAUCGCCUUGUAUCGUAACGGUGCAAUAGAGGAAACUGAGGACCGAACCACUGAGGGGAAUGGACUGGUGAACACCAUGGAGGACUGGGUAUUUACUCCGCAGAGAAACUACCACAAACAGCGAGUAGAAUGUGAAGCAAAGACCAAUGAGUCAAUGACGCCGUACCCAGCUGCUGAUCUCAUCCUUGUUGUUGAUGGUCCACCUGACAUCCCUGUGAUAUCAGGUAGUCUUACAAUGACUGAGGAUAUGGCGACUACACUGACAUGCACAGCAGACUUGGGAUACCCUGAUGACUGGUACUUGGCGUGGUCUAAUGAAGGCACUCCUAUAGAGAACCAACCUGAUACAACAGCAGUCUUAUCACGAACCAGUCAACGUUUCAUGUUUACCAGUCAGCUUGAGUUUACCCCUAAGAGACAAGACAACACACACUUCAUUACGUGCACUGCAAGUAGAGCCUUAUGGACUUCAACACCAUUACCAGAGAAGACAUGGGGUCCUAUCAAUGUCCAAUAUGAAGGCAAUAUCACCAACAAGCACCUUACUGAGGUUGGUAUCGGGGGUGGUCUUACAGCAAACCUGACCUGCAUUGCAAAGGGCAAUCCCGAACCUACCAUCACAUGGCUCGAUCCGGAUGGAGUAGAGAUCAUCAACGGUGGAAAUGGUAACAAGUACAUGGUGGUAGAAUCAUAUACAACAUCUGAUACUGAUCUGACCAUUGGAAAUGUGACCACCAGUACACUGAGCAUCUGGGCAGUGGACCCUCAGGUGGACUAUGGAGUGUAUGCCUGCAACAGCAACAAUGGCAUCGGACAAGCAGACAAGCAUGAAAUCAUUGUCAAUAGAACAAGAGUACCAGACCAGCCAACGGGUGUCGUAUUGACUGACCAAACUUCAAGCUCAUUAGCAGUGCGAUGGUCAGCUGGUUAUGAUGGUGGUGAGACUCAGUGGUUUCAUGUCAGCCAUAAGAAGACUGCAGACUCCUCAGAGACAUUCAGCGAUAUGAUUGAGGGAGGGGUGACUACAUACAAUGUGGAUGGUCUCGAGUCAUACACAGAGUACGAGAUUCAGGUCUAUGCUGAGAAUGACGUGGGGAGAAAUCCAAGUCCUGGCAGCAUUCUGGAAUACACCUUACCUGGAGUUCCAACCUCGGAUUCAGGUUUCACCUUAUUGUUUGACUCGAAUGAGGGCACAGUGAAAAUUGACGGAUUGAAUGCUAAUAACGGCGAAUGCAUCCAACUGGAAGUUAAACGCGAAGGCAUCUCGGGUUGGGCUUCUUGCGGAGACUGCAUCGAAACUAACGGCACUUUUACGCUAUCAUAUUGGUGUCUACAAACUCGAAAACGAAGAGGGCGGGCUAUCGGAGACGUGGAGAUGGUGCGUGCAAAGCUUUGUCAAUUGACCAGUCAGCUUUGCGGUGAUUUCAUUAACGUGAUGGAGCCCGAAAACACUCCAGUGACAAACCCGCCCGUCUCGUCGACUACCGGUACCGCUGUUGGUGUAACCGUCGGGGUGAUUUCAAUAGCUUUAAUAGUAGUUUUCGCUCUUGGAUUGUUUUUUUGGAGUAAAAAAAACAAAAAUCGAAACGGUCCAGCAGAGGAAAUAAACUUGACAACGCAAAGAAAACCCAAAGGGUUGGAGCAAAAACGAUACGGGUUGGAAGGAACAGCUGAAUAUCAAGAAGUUGCAGACAUUGUUGAACCAACAGACAGGACAUACGCGAACGUCUUAUUCAAGGACAAGUCUUUCCCACGUGACAUGCUGAAGAUUAUAAAGGAGCUUGGACACGGUGCCUUUGGUGAGGUGUUUCUGGCUGAAGCAACAGGAAUCCUUAAGAAGUCGAAAGUGACAUUAGUCGCUGUCAAGACACUCAAAGAGGGCGCAAGUCAAAGCGACAAAGAUGAUUUGUUGCGAGAGCUGGAUCUGAUGAAGAAGUUGCCUGAUCACAAAAACGUUGUCAGACUUAUGGGAUUCUCAGUCGAACAAGAUCCUCUGUACAUUAUAGUUGAGUACCUGUCCAAAGGUAAUCUGAAGGAUUUAAUGAAAGACAGUCGCGUUAAAGGAACGAGGGUCUAUGGUAACCUACAUGGUGCUAGUAAGUCACUGUCAUCCGGGGACCUCAUGAAGUUUGCUAAUGACGUAGCAGAUGGUAUGCACUACAUAUCAUCGCAGAAGUGUAUCCAUAGAGACCUUGCUGCCCGCAAUGUUCUGGUUGCUCAAGACAUGACUUGCAAGGUGUCUGAUUUCGGACUUGCUCGAGAUGUGAUUGACAAUAGAGUAUACGAAAGAAAAUCAGAGGGACGACUGCCUCUACGAUGGAUGGCGUUGGAGUCUAUACUGGAUGAGAUGUACACAACAAAGAGUGACGUAUGGUCAUUUGGUGUACUAUUAUGGGAAAUCGUUACACUUGGUGCGCGCCCAUAUCCUACAAUGAGUGCUAAACUGAUGCUAAAGCAACUUCGUAUUGGGUUCCGUAUGCCCCAACCAACACACUGCCAAGAGGAACUGUAUGAGAUGAUGCUAAAAUGCUGGGAGGAGGAGCCAGACAGACGACCAACGUUUGAAAGAAUUGCAGACGAGCUUCGACAAAUGAGAGAAUUGGACAAGGAUUACAUAGUAGUAAACGCCUACGAGGAAACCAUCUAUGCGGUCACCAUACCUGAUGGCGAGCAGGAAAAAUGUUAGUCCAUUCGGUCCGCCUUGUCUGCCGGACCGCGUCGGCCCUGACCAGUUGGUGGGGAAUGGAGCUCCGCGGGCCCCCAUGAGCGCGCUCUGACCUUCUGAACGCCCCAAACUCUGUACUUUGACAUACUCCGGAAUAGUUCACGCAACCCCAACGUAAGGCCACCCCUACCCCUAGUUUCAUAUUUCUAAAAGAGAUUUAAAGAUAUAUAUAAAAUUUGUAUAUACAUUUUGUAAUCUGGUGGAAAGGGCCUUUUUAUUUACCUAAAUCUUGAAGUUCAUACUUUAAUUAAAGGGGUAUAAUUGGUAUACCUUUGAGGGUAGAGGUUGAAAAGCCUUGUGAAUGACAUGGCAGCCUGUGGCUGUAUACUCCCCAAUGAGAUAACCAUUGGUACUUUUGGUUGAUAAGCAGUUUGCAACAGCUUAUUCUAUUUUCUGAUUUAAAACAAUCGAAUGGUUUCUAAA